AUGGUAGAAGAUAAGAAAGAGGAUUCCGCUGGGAGCACAGAUGAGUCUGAUACUCCUACUAUCAGCGUGGAGGAGAUUGAGGUUAAAGGACUGGACGCCAACCGGUAUGCCACGAAGAAGACCGUGGCCCAGGGCAUGCUGGACAUUGCUCUGCUCACCUCCAACGCCUCCCAACUAAAGUACGUGCUACAAGUCGGCCCUAAACACGAGUUCUACACCUUGCUAGUGGUGCUCAUAUCUAUAUCCAUCGUUUUACAGAAGGCGACGGGGAUGGGAGCAGAGGUUUUGCUUGAAUCUGCUGCUGACUGGGUCCACCUGGCUCUCGAAGUCAACUAUCUACACGACCAUCGCUCGCGGGCUGUCCUGCACACGUCUGCGGGAUCACCCGAGAUACCCCGAGUGAUCCCUGCCGUGGAGCCCCAGUUAGGCCGGGAGGCUGUCAGGUGCGGGGACACGGUGAACUCCUUUAACGUGCUUCUGGUCGGGCUGCUGUUCGUCAUAAUUGGCGGUUUGGACUUGAAUGACCACGACGACCAGCCCUCGGCUCUCGUCCUCAAUGACGUCAUUGUUAUAUUCAUUUUUGUUAUAUCCGUCAUCAAUAUUGUUAUCUCCGCUUUUGGUAUAGAGUAUUCAAAUAACCCGUUGAUAUUGGAAAGACUUAAUUAUAUUAAUAGUGAAUAUUUAAGGAAAGCUAACAUAACUGCGAGCGCGGGAAUCCUGGCGAUUGUCAUGACGUUUUUGGAUGUUGACUACAGUGAUAGACAAAAGAAGAUCGCGUACUGGCUGUACCACGCUUCAGUGGGUAUGAUGACGGGCGUAGUGUUCUGCGAUGUAGUAUCCGCCAUAGUCGCCGUGGUGCUCGGCAGCAUAUUUAACAUAAACCGACAACCGGACCAUCGGAGGGCUGAAAUCCUCAAUGACACCACCCUCAUUUUCAAAAUCAUAAGCAUCAGCAUCAACGUUAUUAUUAUUAAAAAUUCGAGCGGCAGAAGGAUCGGCAUUCAACACGACGACGCAUACGAAGCGAACAUUUCUAACAAUCGCACCACCCGUUAUUUUUUUGCCCGCUUCCGUUUUGGAAAUUUCGACCUAAGAAAUGAACCCCGUGAUCGACCGAAAACUUUAUUCGAAAAUUACGAAAUAAAGGCGAUUGUGGAAGCUCAUAUGAUUCUCAGUCUACAGCUGAAUUAG